UACUUGUUUGACAACGGAUUUAUCGCGUCGAGCUAAUCCUUUCGCACUACACAGAAGGGGGGGAGAAUACCGGAUGGAAAAGACAAACGGGGAUUACGCGGAUACUGUAUACUCUUCAAACAAGAGGACGAGCGAGGCCGAGAAUCCCAAUUAUAAAUCCGAUUUCGCGGGAAAUUUCGAUUUUCUAUUUUUACGCACCUAAAGUGUGUACUUAGAGAAAAAAGACUAUGCAGCGCGCUUCGGCAUUUUCAAACGCGAAACGAGUUCGCGGGCUGCUUAAAAUAUUUAUAGUGUUUACACGCGAAUGCGCGUAUACGUGUAGGUAUUUAUAAUACGCAGUGUGCCGCACCGGCGCGGCUUGCAGUUCUGCGUGAAUUCGAAGCGUUAGAGAGACGCGUAUAAAGCUUCGAUACUCCUUUAAUUCCGUGUGCUGAGAAAAAAAAAAUGUUCGCCCCGAUGAAAAAAAAAAAAUCGUCGCGGUCAUGUAAAUUGGCAUGCGGGCCAAGUCUACGACCGUGUGAGUGUGCAGUUUUCGUCAUCGCUAGUUCUAUCUCACUCUCUCGGGUAAGGUCAGGAACGCCUUGGCUGGCAAUUUCGAGAAUUCGAUUGCGGCGCGAAUUCUAUGGGCCGUGAGAAGUGCAGAUAAGCGCAGCAGCCCCCCCUCCCCCUCGCCGUCGUUUGUUUUAUCGAGGAUCCUGGGAUUUAUUGGAGGCGAUAAGAUUGUUAGCAUUGCUGAAAUUAAUUUCGAGCGGGAAAUUUUAUUAGUUAUUCUAGAGAGAGGACGAUUGUUGCGGCUUCAAUUUUUAGAUCGAAAUUAUAAAGCUCGACCGUUAAAGCAACAAGUAUAAUGUGUAGUCGACGCGCGCUGCAGUUCCCCCCCUGUAUCGAAAAGGGAAAAAAAAGUUUGAAAAAGCCACUACCGGUCCGUAUGGUGUCAUUAGCCUCGCUUCCCAUUUCCCGUGUAUAAAGCGAGAUAACUAUAUGGAGAUCGAAAGGAAAGAGAGAGAGAGAGAGCGACCGAAAAUUUGAUACUCCUGCGCGUAUAGAGGAAGGAGAGAGUUUGUGGGGGGGGGGGGCUUAUAACAGGCGGAAGGGUGGUUUUCGAUGUCGCUCGCGUCGAUGCGCCGCACGAAAGCUACUGCCGAUAUCCCGUCGAGAUAAAACAAAGGGAUUUUUCAGUUUUCAACUUCGGUAUAAAGUUUAUCGAGGCAAUUUAGCGAUAAAGCCUGACUCGAUGCGUGGAACGCAGCCGUGCUAUAUAAACAGAUAAGAUUUCUCUGCGGACCGACCAAACAAAACGGGUAACUUUAUAUGCUUAACUUUCCGCACACUCCGAAAAUAAAAAUUAGCAAAAGUUGGAGUAUUCUAACCUCCGUACAGCCGGCAUCGUCACAUCGCACAUUUAGUUUCAAGCGACGCGGGGCAGCAGCUCGCCGUCGUGCCGACCGAGGGUAGUCGAUCUCGCCCGAGUUUUAACGACGCUGCGGCUGCGGCGGCUCACAGGCAGCAGCAGCAGCAGCAGCAGCGGCUCCAGUUUCGCCUCAGUCUGAGCUGGGCCGUCGCGCGCGCGCACGUGUGUGCACUCUUGUCACUUCGUUUCUUUUCUUUCCCUUUAGUGUUUAGUCCUCGCCGUUUCUUUCGACUCGCUCUCUCACACCACACACGGACACAGACACGUAAUCGGUCAGUCAUAAUAAAAACACAGAUCGUAAUCACACAAGCACACACACACACACACACACACGUCAACGUUCAGUUCAAGUCUCCAUCACACACAACCCUCGCGAGACUCGCUUGUAUGAUAGCAUCACGAGGAGAGUCCGAGGCAAGUGCAUCAGCGUUAAUCUUCCUACGUUCUUCGGAGAGAGUUUUGUCUGCGCUUGAUUUUACGCAAACGCGCGCCGCUGCCCGUGUGUGUGUGUGUUACGCGCACGACGUUUAUUUUAAAAAUCAGACGUGAGAGAUAGAUAGAGGAGUGCGCUGCUCUGUGUGUGCGAUACAGAGAAGAGAUAGAAGAAGAGGCAGCGACGGGGUUGCUAUCGAUUGCGCCCGCUCCGAAUUUUCCGAGAGAGAGAGAGAGAGAGAGAGAGAGAGAGAGGGAGAAACUCGCUGUAUACCGAGAGGACUUUUUAAAAUUGGCUGUGCUUUUUCAUACAAACGUCGACGGUAAGCAUUUUGGACGAUUUCGUACGUAGUUAGGCGACGAUUCAAGAAAGAAGGAAGGAAGUAAUUAAUUAGAGAAGAAAAAUAAAAAAUAGUCUUAAUACAGAACUUCGCGGCGUAAUUGUGCAAUGAUGGCGAACGGUAUGGAUACAGUAGUCCAGCAAAACGGCGGCUCGAACCUGGGCCAGAGCUCGCAGGAGGAGUCCAAGACGAACCUGAUCGUCAACUACCUGCCGCAGACGAUGACGCAGGAGGAGAUCAGGUCGCUAUUCUCCAGCAUCGGCGAGGUCGAGAGCUGCAAGCUCAUACGCGACAAGCUCACUGGUCUGAACAGUCAGAGCUUGGGCUAUGGCUUCGUCAACUAUCAUCGGCCCGAAGAUGCCGAGAAGGCCAUCAAUACCCUUAAUGGUCUUCGCUUGCAAAAUAAAACUAUCAAGGUAUCGUACGCGAGACCGAGCAGCGAAGCGAUAAAGGGCGCAAACCUCUACGUUAGCGGUUUACCCAAGAACAUGACGCAGCAGGAUCUUGAGAACCUCUUCAGCCCUUACGGCAGGAUCAUUACCUCCCGCAUACUCUGCGACAACAUAACCGUACGACAAUUUGUGACUGGCGGCGGAGACAAUUUGCCGGGUCUGUCGAAGGGAGUCGGCUUCAUCAGGUUCGACCAGCGCGUCGAGGCCGAGCGAGCGAUCCAGGAGUUGAACGGCACGAUUCCCAAGGGCUCGACCGAGCCCAUCACCGUCAAGUUUGCCAACAACCCGAGCAACAACAACAAGGCGAUACCGCCCCUGGCAGCGUACCUCACGCCCCAAGCGACUCGGCGCUUCGGCGGCCCGAUCCACCAUCCGACCGGCCGCUUCAGGUACAUUCCACUGUCGCCACUAUCCAGCACUGGCAAGGCAAUGCUUGCCAUUAACAAAGGCUUACAGAGUAGGUACAGCCCUCUGGCGGGAGACCUGCUGGCAAAUUCGAUGCUGCCCGGGAACGCGAUGAACGGCUCCGGCUGGUGCAUCUUCGUGUACAACCUGGCCCCGGAGACCGAGGAGAACGUGCUCUGGCAGCUGUUCGGCCCGUUCGGCGCCGUGCAGUCGGUCAAGGUGAUCCGCGACCUGCAGACCAACAAGUGCAAGGGCUUCGGCUUCGUCACGAUGACCAACUACGAGGAGGCGGUCGUGGCCAUCCAGAGCCUGAACGGCUACACCCUCGGCAACCGCGUGCUCCAGGUCAGCUUCAAGACGAACAAGAGCAAGGCCGCGUAGGACGAGCGAGGGCCGCUCUUUCACCACCAGCAUCAGCAACAGUCGCAGCAGCACCAGUCGCAGCAGCAGCACCAGUCGGAGCACGGCGGCCCCACAGCUGCCGGCUCCUCCUCGGCCUCGAGCGCCGCGACCGCGGCCGUGGUCCAGCAGCUGCUGGGCAAGCGCGCCACGGGCCAGGCCGCCCUCCUGCUCUCCGCCAAGCACCAGCUCCACCACAUCCAGCAGCUCCAGUUGAACCGGCACCCCUGGCUCCAGCAGGCGGCCGCGGCCGCGGCUGCGGCUGCCCACCAGCCGGCCGGCAACCUGCCGCGCUGGCUGCUCCCGGGCCAGCAGGGCCAGCGCCAGGGCCACGGCAAGCAGGCCCACCGCCAGACUCCGGGCCAGCCCCGGCUGAACCAGGCCCAGGCGGCCCUGGCCGCGGCGACUGCCGCCGUCAAGGAUAAGCAGCAGCAGCAGCAGCAGCCCCAAGGCACAACGAAGAAGAUCCUCGCCAGCCAGCAGCAGCAGCAGCAGCAGGCCGACAAGGCGUAGCGAGGCUGGAGCUGCAGUCGCCUGCCGUCGUCGUCGUCCUCGUCGUCGUUCUCGUCCUCGUCGUCCGCUGCUGUUACGACGCGUGCGUCGGUGCGCGUGAGCGAAAAACCGAGCGACUGCGAGUACAAGGUAUGCGAGAGAGAGCGUGCGUGCGUCAGAGUCUGAGAGAGAGAGAGAGAGAGAGAGAGAGAGAGAGAGAGAGAAAGAGAGAGAGACCGCGAGAAAAAGGGAGUGAGCGAGCGAGCGAUCGUUUGAGGGACAGGUAGCUAGCUGCCAGUGCGACACGCGAAACGAAACAGUAUUCUGAGAGGAGGAAGGAUGUGGAGAGGCGAACGAAAAGAGAGUAACCCGAACUGAUUACUUCUGUACUGAACUGCCGACGUUGUACCGGGACCGAGAGAGAUAGAGAGAGAGAGAGAUACAGAUACAGAGAGGAGCACGAGAUGAUGGCGCGAGGCAGGGCUCGCACAAAGUCGAUACUAGCUUAGGAAAUAAUUUAUUAUUAUUAGGAGAGAUUGCGGGAACCAAGAGCGGGCGCAGCGCCACCGACCUGAUGUGGCGCUGCGCCUACGCGAGAUCACGCGGCUGCACCCCGCGUGUAAAGCAGUCUACAUACACAUAUGCGCGAAACGAACGCUAACAAACAAAUCAACAGAGUUCAAUCGACGACACUCGAGCGCGGAGGCGAGUUUUACGGGAAAACGAGAAAAUUUACGAUGAUGAUAACAAACGAACAAAUUAUUAUUAUUAUUAGAGAGAAAAAGAGAAAUAUAUAUACACAUUCAUAUAUAUAUAUACAUGUAUAGAGAGACGAUGGGUAUAGCGCGAAGAUUUAACGAAACGACGACGAUCAAGGACGGGGAAGGACGAAGCACGUAUCCUGCAGAAAAGACCUCUUUCACGCUAGUCCACGUUUAGCCGCUAAAUUUAUAUUCAAUCAUGGGGGAUGACACGUCUCUAGUCCACCGUGCAAAGAGGCUUGCGCUCGUACGACGGUUCGCUCCUUCUUGUCUUUCUGUUCUUUUUUCAUUCUUCUAAACGUCGCGCAACGCGCGACGCCGUGCAUAUAAGAAUAUAAUCAAUUCUUCGAGGCUUAUUCGAGAGAAUCGAGUGUACCGACAGCGAGAGAGAUCUUAGAGUAGUAUAGAGGCAGGAGAGGAUGAUCAAAGUGAUCGAUCUUCGUUUCACGAUAAUCAAUUGUUCUCCGAUAAUGAUGAUGAUGAUGAUGACGAUGAAUUAUGUAAAUCAAUCAAUGAAUUUGCGAGCUCCCGGGACGCGGCUCGCUCGAUUUACAAACUCUCAAAUUUUACGCUAAAAAACAAACGCGGCAAUCCGCGGGCUUCCCCCGACGAAGUCCGGCCAAUCUUAAUUAAGAUGAAUUAUUAUUAUAACCAUUAUUAUAAAGCCAUUCCGAAGAUCGACUCGCCCUCUCGCGACGACUCUAUUAUAUAAUUAUGAUUACGCUUCGUGAAGCGAGAUGACAAUGUGUACAUCGUAUAUAUAUAUAUAUAGAUAUAUUAUUACUACGAUUAUUAUUAUCAUCCUCUUAUUUGUAUGUACCUUUUUGUGUCUAGUCCAGGAUAGCGAGCGAGAAGAGAGUGAGAGAGAAAGUGAGAGAGAAAAACCUCUCGCAAUCGGACGCAGAUUUUAAAAUCAAAUUUAAAAUUCACGAAAAAUCUUAAGCGCUAAAUUUGGCGCACCACAUGAACUAUCGCUCUCUUCUUUUCGCGCUUAUUCCGUUUUAUUCAUUUAACGUAUAUAAACGUGUAGAGAGUUAUGCAGAGUUACAUGUACUAUGGAUAAAAAUAACGCGUGUCGGUGUCGUAGAUAAUCAUGGAAGAAUCCUCACCAUGAUCAGUGUGCGUGGGCUUCUUCUUUCAAAGCGUAAGGAAAUCCACUCCUAUGUCACAUAAUCUCAUUAUAAUUCUAUUAUUAUUGUUCUGUAUAUUGGUUAUUCUUAUUAUUAUUCUUAUUAUCAUUUAUCUUAUCUUAUCUUAUCUUAUUAUUAUUAUUAUUAUUAUUAUUACCACCAUUAUUAUUAUUAUUUUUAAUAUAAUUUUGUGGUCGUGUCUCCCGUGGUGUAGCCUUGUAGUGAGUACAAAGACUAACUAACAAUCAUUGAAGCGAAAGCAAAACCGAGACGAGUGAGAACGAGUAAAAGACACUGAUAUAUAAAAUCAUCGGACACGAAAGAGAAUCUCCGCGCGCAUUACAAUUAAAAGCUAACAACUCGAUCACUGUAGUAGCCGUUGUUGACUAACCGCUUUCUGCUCCGACUCUUCUAGAUCUACUGACGAGAUAAAAAAAAAUCGUACGCAAAACGCGUAUAGCAAAAGAAAAAAUCUUGAUGGCUAGUUAGAAAAAAGCCGAUACAAAUCUAGACGCAGUAAAAGUGAGAGAGAAGGACGAGAAAGAUCGAUCGAUCGAGAGAGAGAGAGAGUACUUAACUAAAAGCUCUUGAUUACUGAUAACAACACUAUGCUAUUUACAACUAACUAACUAUGCUAACUACUACUACUAUUUACUACUACUACUGCAAUUAUUUAUUUAUUUAUUUAAUUAUUAUAUAACAUAACAAAAAUUAUGUUUUAUUUAAGGAUUAAACUGAUUUGUGUUUGGUUCGAAUGACGUUUGUUUUAUUUCUUAUUUAUGUGAAAAAUUUCAGUUGUUUGUUUCCUCAUUAUCACAUCCAUCAUAGUCCUCGUUUCCCCGCCCCGAAACUUUGUUACACACGAGAGAACCCACACGCCGGAGCAGCGAGCGCGGUGUAUAUGUAUAUAGCGUCGAUAUUCGCGCGCGCGUGUGUGUGUGUAUAUAUAUAUAUAUGUGGAUAUAUAUAUAUAUAUAUAUAUAUAUAUAUAUAUAUAUAUAUAUAUCCACAUGCAAUGCACGAGCGAGAAAAGGACGGGAGAAAGAAGGAGAGGCACGAGCGACCGCCACCCCCCUGCGAGGAUAUCGCGCAGAUGCACGCGAGGGUAGCUAACGCGCGUUCGAUCAUACAGACGCCCACGGCGCAUGGGCAUAUGUAUAUGCUCGUCGGCGGCUUUCAGCCACACGUAUGCACGUAGAGAGGGGGACAAUCUCAUUUUCUGCGUCCCGACGAUCGCAGCCGGGAGAUUAGGAGCACAUAGAAAGGCAAGGCAUCGAUUGCUCUCCAAGGCGCGCGAGUAUACCUAUAGACCUGCGGCUAACUAUCUGUACUUAUAUAUGCCAUAUACAUACACUGCGCGCUAGGGCGAGACGCGCGAGAUCUCUCGAAGAACGCUUUAUCGGGCUUCCCCGGCGCUGCGAAUUCUUCGCUCAUUGUCAAGCGCGUGUAACAUGUACAUCCGCACAUUAUAUUAUACAGCUGAUGAGAGGAACUGGAGCAAAGUCGAUUUCAACGCGAGUUCCUCUUAUCAACGGCUCGAUACGCUGCUCGUAUCGACUAUAUCGACGCGGCGAAUUCGCAGCGCCGGGGGAAAUUCGAUGUCUACUAUACUUAUAUACACGCACGGGUGAAAUGCGGGGAAAAGUCGCGAGAGAAAGAGAGAACACGUUUCACGUUCGAUCAACUCCGUCCUUCCCACGUUUGCGGCACAAUAUGUGAUGAUAAGCUGUGUACAAGCGCGACAAAGAGAAAGAGAGCUAAGGGAGGAGGACGAAACGCACAUGUAUCGGGAGAAGUGUUAUAUCGAUAAUAAACGCACAAGCGGAUAAUAUAUAAAUAUGAGAGAAAGAACAUUUUUCCUCCGUCGAAAGUCGAAGUCGUGUGAGUCCUGAGUCUCGUCGCCGAUACAUCGAUGUGUACUAAGAAAAAUCUGUGUCGAUGUCGAUACGAUGUUGGCGUUGACGAUGCGGUAUGCGAUAUGCGAUGCUGAUUUGCUGAUGAAUGAAGUAUAGGCACGAAGAAAAUAAAAUAAUAAAUGACGCGGGCGACAGCCUUAGACGCUUUGGUAGAAACGUUAACCAACGGUUGGCAAAUCGUAGGCCAACGUGACGUUUUUAGCGGGUUUGUUGGCCAACCGUUGGGCGACAAAGGUGAAAUUUCUACCAGAGAGAUAAAACGAUUCACCGAAAAAAAAAAAACAAAAAAAAAUCGAAAAAAUUUUCGACUGAUCUCGUCGCGCGCGUCUAUAUUAUACGCGCGCGAGCAUAUAAACUUUUCGAGUAAGAUGAAUUUGAGAAAGGAAAAUCAAUGCAAAAAAAAACAUAACAAAAAUAAAAAAGGGCGAGGGAGCAUAGGCGAUAUGUUGCUAAAAUAGGAGCGGUGUAGUAGGAUACUUUCGUUAAUGUCGAGGAGAGCGAGCGCCGACCGCAGACGAAACCUGUAUCGGCGUCGAAUAUCUAGUGUAAUAAAUUAUAAGGACCGCCGUCGGCGCUUAGCGCGACGCUAAAAAAAGUGAUUCUUAUAAGCGAGUAAUUAGAGAGUGAAAAGCCGAGAGAAAGAGAGGAAGGAGGCAGAGAUACCAAAGAGAUAUUAGAAAGAGAAUGAAUGAAAGCAAAAGGCGACGACGCUGCAGGUUCUUCUGCUCGCGCGACGCUAUGCAUGUAAUAUUAAGCGAAUACUGGUUGACCGAAGGCGAGGCGAAUUGAGCGAGUACCGAUAAGCGAGAGAGAGAGAGAGAGAGUUCGAAGGAAAGGAUGAGCGAGGAAAGCUGAAAUGGAAUGGAAAGCGAGAGCGAGAGAGUAAGAGAGAUGGUAUUGCUUAUACGAUCGAUAAACUUAAUAUAUUACGUUUAGAUGUAUAAUUUAUGUGUAAUACUCAUUGCAGUAAAGACCGAUUGGUCGUACGCUCUUGAAUUACCUUUUAAUCGCUAUAAUCAGUCAUUUAGUAUCUGUAUCGUUUUUAACCGUUUACUUCUCGUCGAUCUAUUUAUUGCAUUUUAUCUGUCGAUCAUUCGUAAGAAUUUACGCGUUUAUAAAGAUUAUUGUCUUAGCCACUUUGAACGUCUAUUUAUUCGUGCGUCUCAUUAUUAAUUAGUUAACGAAUUAUAUUACAUUACAUUUAUAUUACAUUAUAUUACCUUAUAUUAAUGAUUAUAUUACGACAAUUAUAAAUUAUUACGACAUACAAUUAUUAGUAGUCAGAGAGGCUCGGAUGAAUUCACGAGGAGUCGUCCAUAUUAUACCAAAGAAUAAUACUCGUCGCCAGAGCUGCGAUCUAUAUAUAUUAUAUCUCAAAGAAAAGGGACGCGAGUGCGCGCGCGAGAGAGAGAGAGAGAGAGAGAGAGUCAGAAGAGAGAAAGAGAGAUUAUUUAACGCUAACAUAAUCCGAUAUUUCCAUAUACACACGAUAUUUAAUAAGCAAUGUGAUGAUUGUUUAGAGGAUUAAAACGAAGAAAAAAAAAUAAAAAUAACAUAAAAGUAAAAUAACCAAGCAGAGCGAAGGUUCGAGCAGCAAAAGUGAGAACAAAAAUCUGCAGCACGCGAUGCACGACGAUGUCGUCGUCGAUUUGUCCGGACUCUGUGGUCGUCUCUUCACCUAUAUUUAUUAUUAUUGAUUGUUGUUAGGAUUAUUUUACGUCGCAUAUAUUUGAUAUAGCCGCUAAAAAGGUAUAAAAGUAGCAUGAAAAAAAAAAUGAAAAAAAAGAUGAGAGAUGAGAGAGAGAGAGAAUGGUAUGAUGUUGGGGCCGAGGGGUUGACGUUCGCGAGGGAAAACACAAGCAGGUCAAUCGGACGCGCGAGCGCGCGACGCCUCCGUUCGCGCGGAAAACGUCGUGUUCCACGACACACGUUCCUUCGACUUCUUAUCGAGUGUAAGAGAAAGUUAAAAAAAAAUUAUUACAAAUGAGGCUCGAUCUCGGCUGGGAUCGAUGCCUCGAUGCGAUUUCCCGCGCGGGCGUGUGAAAUGUACUCGCAGAGGAGAGGCGACGCGCGUCUCGCGCGCGACUAGUCGAAUACGCGCAAUGAAAUACACAGUGGUGCUGUUGAAAAAAAAAAAUAAUGAAUAUAUUAAUGGAAUAAGUGGCGGAUAAACGAGGAUUUUUCGACGAGACGAGAGAUAGGCAAAAAGGCGUACAUUAUAAUACACACACGUUUAGGGGAAUGAAAGUGCGAGGAGCCAAAAAAAAUACGCGUUAAAUAAAUGAAAUACGGAACGAUUGAGAGUGCAGGCGUAAGCGACAGCAGUGUAGCAGCUCUAGCUCAUCGUAGGCCUAAAUAAAUGAAGUAUUUAUGUACUAUCUAUUUACUAAUCGAAUCGUCGCGAAGGACGAGGGUGGAAAUUCGGCGAAGACGAGCGUGUAUGUUGUGGGAGCGAGUGCGUGUGUGACUGUGUGAAAGCGGAAGAAGCAGCGUAUGUUGAGCGAAAGAGAGAGAGAGAGAGAGAGAGAGAGAGAGAGAGAGAGAGAGAGAGAGAGAGGUAUGUGACGAAGCGUCAGGGAGAUUGUAGGAGAAAAAAAUUAAAGUAUAAUCGAGACGCGAUAUAAACUCGACGAGACGAGCCACAACGAUCAACCAAAAACCGAGAAUAUACUUAAUAGAUAAUCUUCGACUAAUGGAACGAAAUAUUAAAGAAUAAAAAAAGAUAAUGAAGAAUAAAUAAAAGUAGAACGAAGUGGGGUUAGAGAGAUAGGCGCGACGGUGUAAAUCCCUUGGGGCGCGAGGAGAUAGGAGAGUUUUGAAUUAAAAAAAAAGAAAGAGAAAGAGUGAGAGAGAGGGGAGCGGGGGGAGGGAAUCAAAGCGAUCGGAGAACGGGGCAACAAACGAGAGAAAAUACGAAGAGAUAAUCUAUAAUCUUCUGUACAUGUUUUAAUUAUAUUCUAAUGAUUACUUAUUAUACUUGUAAUAACGCGCUAUGGAUUAAUAAUUGAAUUUAACUUAAUUAAAUUGAUAUCUAUGAAAAAAAAAGUAUACCUAAACGAGCAAAAACAUGGUAGCUAGUCUGUCAAUGGGUGUAUAAAUAUUUAAUUACAAUAUUCGUAGACGAUACAAAAGAAAGAGAGAGACUUUAUACGACACGAGAGCGAGAGUGAAGUAAAACGUGUGAGAGGGAGCGAAGAAUUGCGCGAGUUUAAUUCACGAGACGAGCGAAGGGGAGAGAGGACGAUUAAAUUACAAAAGUAAAAAAAUAUACCAAAGACACAUACACGCACACACGACACACGAGCGAAAGGGAGAGUAUGCCAGAGUGAACGUGAGAGUGCGAGAGCGAGUACAAGAGGAAUCGCGAGACUUCGGAGCGAGUAUGCAGGGAAAAAAUUGUUGAACUAACGUGUAUAAAGAGGAUAACGUGCAUACGCUUAUGUCGCGCGGCGAAUAGGAUUUGAAUUACACGGAGAGAGAGAGAGAGAGAGAGAGAAACGCAGUGAGAGAAAGAGCGCCUUGUUCUCGGAGGCCGACGGUGCGUCGCUCUUCAAAGAUUUUACGAAAAGUUUUGCAGGAUAGUAUUAUUAUAAGUGGAAAAAGAAAAAAAAAAUUAUCGAUUAUAACUAGAAGCUGUUAUGACGAGAUCGCAAAAUGUCCCCGAGAGAAGUAAGAGUAUUGUAGAGUACUACUGUUGAUGAAAAAUAGAAUAUGAUGAAAUAGCUUUAUUAAAGCGAGAGGACACCGUCGCUCCGAGAAACGGACGCUCGUCGCGCAGGUGCAGUAGAGAUGUAAAUCGAAACGUAGAAAAAAGCAUUCCAAAGACUCGGCGCGAGCCGAGACGAGAUAAGACUUCCCUGCCGGCGCGUUUUUUCGCGACUUGACAAAAAUUAAAAACACGUCCGGCGCACCUACACGAGUUUAAGUAUGUAGGCGAUAUCCGCAAUCGUAUUAUUACCGGUACUUCGAAACAUUCCGCGAGACGCGGUUAUCUAGCGCGCGAAUUACGAAUUAUUCGACCAAAGGGGCUGUAUACAAUUGACGAUUAUUCCGCGUGUUAAAUAUAUUGGCUUGUCGGCGAGGACGCACAUGUGUGAUUCGCGCCGCCGAACUUUCGUCGUAUAUAUUAUACCGCACGAUCGACGGGUUAUUAUAAUAUACGCGACUCGUAUAAGAGCUUUGAUUGAGGUUUCGAGAUAGAGAGGAAUGUUCAAAUAUAUUACGCAUCAAUUGUGAUAAACAUCGAACGUUACGUGCACACAUUUAACGCGCUUGAGAUAUAUUAACUCUGUAUACUAUUAUAUAAAAAAACGCUGCAUUGCCAAUCGAUGGAAUAUAAUCUGUGAGACCAUUGUAAUUUUUUGAAAAUAUUACGAUGAGAACAAAUUAUUGUGUAUAAAUUGCUGUAUGCAAAAAACAAAAGAAAAACUAAUCCAACGUGAAAAUCAAAAGUGAGCAACGUACACAACCACGAGAGAAACCAACAAAUUUGUAAAUCACGUAUACUGUAUAUAAUGAAUAUAUACUAUUAUAUAAAUUUAAGAUUCGACAUUUUUAAACUAAACUAACACGAAGACGAGAGAAGCGCAAGUACAUUGUAUUCACGCGAAUUCGAUAUUUUAUAUGAAAAAAAAAAAAAAACAUAAAAGUAACGAGAAAGUGCUGAGAGCGAGAUGGGGAGAAAAGACUUGAGACACGGAAUUCAUUCACUACUCGCAGUCGAAUCGUUCUUCGAUCAAAAACUCGUUAUACACGCGGUCCUAUAUUGCACGAGGUGUUCUUCGCGACGAUGAUUAUAUGACAAAAAGUAAACGCCCUCGAUCUGUGCGUCGACUCGUACAUAAAAACUCCAAAAAUAAAAAAAAAAAACAGAAAGCCUAGCCGAGAAGGGAGAGACGGUCAGCUCUGCCGUGAAUUUUCCAAACACGCGCGAAAACGGCUCUAAAUCGCUCUGUUAUAUCAAAAGCACAGCCGGAGAAGAUUCGCGCCAGCGUCGAUUAUAAUAUAGUCCCUCGCUUCGCAGUACAUAAAAAAAAACCUCGCGACGCGCGUACUCUGCACCGCCGGUGACUCGAUGAAAAGCUGAGCUGACAUUCCACGUGUAGAGGUACAGGCAGAGAAUGGCAGAAACGCAAUCCGAGGGGGGAGAGAAGUAAACUAAAAAUAAAAAAAUGAAGCAUAAAUACACAAUAUACUAGGCGCGCGGAGAAUAGACACAGAGAGAGUCAUGUAUUUUGCGACGGGUUUUAAACAAAUAAAAAAGCGUAAAUUAAGGAAAAAAAACUAAAGUAAACAAAAAAAAACAAAAAAACAAUGAAUACGACGGACACAGAAGCACACAAACACGCCGUCGACGCGGGGCGAACGAUAUAACUCGCGUAUACGCUAAAUCGAUCCGCGAGUGCGAGCCGCGCACACGAUAUGUGAAACCAAAGAGCUUCCAAAAACUACGCGAUUAUACUAAUACUAUAAUGGUUUUGGCCUUUUCCCUCGAUAGCUGUUGAAAAGCUGCGCGCGCGGGCGAGACUCGUCACAAAAGUGUUAGCAAACGCACACAGGAUCAUCGCAUAAUACUCUAUAUACAAUAUUAUACUCUCGCUGUACCGAGCGAGCGGCACAAAUAUAAUAAUAUAAUUAAUAUACGAUGUAAAGAUUGUAUUACGAUAGUACGUAUAACGAGGAAGCUUUGACCGCGCUCUCCGCCAGGUCCGAUCGCCAUACACGAGGUUCUAUCAAAUAGGGCCGUGUGAUGGGACGACGGAGACGCGGAAGCGCGCGUGGAUGCUUGUACGCGAUAUUAUUAAAGCAGGGGAAGAGGUCAAUUCGACUAAAAAAGGACGAAGGCUCGGGAGGACUCGCGGCUCGAUCGGUAUGUAUUGGAGAUGCGCGAUCGGUUAUCGUUCGCCAGCAGAGACGGAGGCGAGACAGACGCGGGUGAUGUUGUGCGAUCGAGAGAGAGAGAGUGUGUGUGUAUGUGUGUAAGUAUGAGCUUGUGCGAAUGCGAGCGAAAGAGAGUGAGAGAGCACGUAUCGACACCGCGACUCGCCCCUUAUUAAGGGGCUGCAGUCGGGGGCUUCCUCCACACCGAUAUAUAUAUAUAUAAAACAUGUACUAAGAUAACGUAUAUUAUACAUACGCUAUAGAGCGAGUUAAGGGUGAAAGUGAGACGCUGAUAUGCUAUUCACAUAUGCACACAGAGACACAGGUGAGAAUGAAUGGGAUGUGGCGUGGAUGCGAUGAUAAUUUACACUAUAUAGAGGCUGAUUUGACGGAUGGCUGUGCAUACUGGGGAAAAAACUUGUCAAAUCGAAUUGAACAUAUUAAUAUUGGGUGGUACGAAGCGGGUGAGAUGUGUACUCUAACGUACAAUUGCAUAAAUUCUAUUGAUAUGUAAUACGCGAUAUAAUACACACGGCGCGAGUAACAAUUUUUUCGAUUAGGGGAGGGCUAUGACUUUUAGAGAUAAAAAUCAAACCGCAGUACAAGCAGGAGAGACGACGAUGCCGAUAUAGUAGGAGAGGGAUGAUAAUAAAAGGAAAUUGUUGACGCAGCCUAUAUUUGAAUUAGCGAUACCUUCAUAUAUGAUUAUACGUGAAAUCUUGUUUCGGCCGCGCGACGGCCGUCGGGUAUAUGAUAUAUACUGUAGACACACAUUCGGUUCGAUUUGAAAAAUUUUUGUUUCAGUGUGUGAGAAUCUAUACGUUAGCGGGUGGGGCACUCUAUAACGAGGCGAUCGAUCGAUUAACGAACAAAAGGCGAGAGAGACACACACAAUUACAGACGAAACCGCUCCGAGGAGCUUCGGAGAUAGAGAUGGCGAGUGAGCGAGAGAGAGAGAGAGAGCGUGUGUGUGCGAAAGUGAGAGAGAGAGAGAGUUUAUCGCUGAGGAGUUCAGGAGAGAGCGUACCUACGACACAUUCUACAUUACAUGAAUACAUGAAAAAAAAAAACAACCCGCCAUGUCACAUUGUUGAUAUAAAUUGCAAUCCACGAUUAUUACUAUUUACGAUAUAAUUAUUAUCUUGCAUUGUCUAGUCAUAUGUUAUUAUUGUAUAACUAAUGAUAUUAAUUAUUAAUUAACCUGUACUACCUAGUCGCAUUAUGUGUUGCAUAAAACUAUGAAAAAAAAAAAAUUCAAAAAAGCAAAAAACGUGAAGUACGAAGCAAAAGUGCGUACGUGCAUCAAGUGAGAGAGAGAGAGAGAGAGAGAGUGUGUGCCAGGGGGUGCGAAAGAGGAAGAAACGAGACAGGCAGAUCUAGGUCGCGAAAGGGGAAAAGAGCGUGUGAAUGCGUGCGACGGAAAUCGAGAAACAAUCCAAGUAUAUCGGAGAGAGAGAGAGAGAGAGAGAGACUAGCGAAAAGCAAACGAGUCGAGGGCUGACGAGGGAGCGGGGGAGAAGGACAUCAGAGACGCGAGGCGCGUAGUCGAUUCAUCGCGUGGGCGCGCGCGAUAACGCAAUGUUUUUAUCGGCGAAUUUUUGUUGAAAUUUAACGUCGCGCCAUCAACGGCUAUAUGGGAAAUCGACUGCGCGCGUCCGGAACCUACGUAGCAGAACGCAAAAAGCUGACAGCAGAGUUUCCGUCACGAGAUCGUUGGCGCGUGAGAGAGAGAGAGAGAGAGAGAGAAGCUGCACUGCAGCGAGUAGAGCAAGAGAGCCGAGCACGAGAGAGGAAGUGUGUGUGAAAAAGAGAGCGAGAGAAAUGGAAAAAAGGAGUAUUAAAUAUUUACGGGGGCCGUGGAGAGGAGGGAAUCUUCCUUAUCGUACUUCUGAGGCGAGUUCGAAUGGGAUUCGAGCCGGGGAAAAAUGCUAGCGUUUUCCUUUUCUGUGUAAAAAAAAUAUUAAUAUCGGGAUGAUGACGAUGCUGCGCUGCGGAGGAAGGCAGGCACGCGUGAGAGCAAGCGAAAGUGAGAGAGAGAGAGAGUAGAAAAAAGUUGAAAUUUGAAAGAGAGACGAGGGGAUAACUUAUAUUCAAAUUGAUGGUCCAUUUUCGAAUUUCCCGCCUCUCUCCGAAACGAAAAAAAAAUCAGUCCCCUUUCUGCCCCACCGACUCUUCGAAUCGGAUGUCAAUCAUGCAAAGCCCUUUUCCUCCCUCCCUCCCUCCCACCCGAGGAGAGCUUGCGGGCCCUAUAUUGCAAUAUUUGUACUUUUCCAUGUUGAAACCUCGAUAUACAAUAAAUUAUAUUAACAAACUUUAA